UGCUGUUCCUGCUGCCAGUGUUUUUUCGCAUGAGAGCUCAUUAUCGUUUCGCUUGGCUAAGUGCGCGCUGCUACCACCGCUCGGUCACCGUCACCGACUGAAACCAGUUAGUCGUGCAACAUUUUGUCCCAGAACGAGCUAAGGCUGACGCCGGCGUCGCCUCCGCCACGCCACCGCUACCGCUACCGCCGCGAGUUUUGAGAUCGCGUCGAAAGCAAAACUUUCAAAACUAUCAAUCUAUAGUGCCAAAGAAGGAUACAAGUUCACAGUCCGUGGCGUCGCCGCCGGGUCGCUGGCGGACCUGCACAGCACCUGCAGCACCUACGGCUGAUCGAUUGGAACGGAAUCGUCAACGACAACGCGAUCCAAAGGGACCAAAUUCAAAAGUGCGAUCCGCGCGAGUGAACGAGAAAAAUCCAAACGUCAACGAACUGGUGACAAGUACAAAGAAAGCCCGCCGAAAUACAAACGAAAACCGCAACCGAAAGUGGAAUCGAAAUCAAGAAUUAUAUAAACGCAUAUAUACAUAAAUAUAUAUAUAUAUAUAAGAGUUAAGCAAGUGGAGAAGUGAAGCAAGUACAAAAAUCAACAACAACGAAAUGAUAUACCAUUCUCUGGCACUUUAACAGUUCCAGUGACAGAACCUCGCCCUAUCAGCGGCAGUGAUACCCAUACCUAAUAAUAUAGGGUUGAGAACCCAAAGCAUAAAUCGGCAACGAUCCUCCGACGCAACAAUUCAAAAAUUUAACGCAAACCGUUAAAUAACUUCAAGACAUCAAAAUGAUGCUAACCACAGAACACAUAAUGCAUGGCCAUCCCCACUCAUCGGGAAUGGGCCAGAGCGCGCUUUUCGGUUGCUCCACAGCUGGUCAUAGCGGUAUCAAUCAGCUGGGCGGAGUGUAUGUGAAUGGACGACCACUGCCGGAUUCCACACGGCAGAAGAUCGUCGAAUUGGCGCACUCGGGUGCUCGGCCUUGUGAUAUAUCCCGUAUACUUCAAGUCUCCAAUGGUUGCGUCAGCAAAAUUUUGGGCAGGUACUACGAAACAGGAUCAAUUAAGCCCCGAGCGAUAGGAGGUUCAAAACCCCGCGUGGCCACAACGCCCGUGGUGCAAAAAAUCGCAGAUUACAAACGCGAAUGUCCUAGCAUAUUUGCAUGGGAAAUUCGCGAUAGACUUUUAUCGGAGCAAGUUUGUAAUAGUGAUAAUAUUCCAAGUGUUUCAUCCAUAAAUCGCGUCUUGCGCAAUUUGGCGUCUCAAAAGGAACAACAGGCGCAGCAGCAAAACGAAUCUGUCUAUGAAAAGCUCCGCAUGUUCAAUGGACAAUCCGGCGGAUGGGCUUGGUACCCAAGCAAUACAACGACGGCGCAUUUAGCUCUGCCUCCAACGCCCACAGCGGUGCCAACUCCGACGAAUUUGUCAGGGCAAAUUAACCGGGAUGAUGUUCAGAAACGUGAUCUAUAUCCUGGCGAUGUGUCUCAUCCCAAUUCUCAUGAAAGCACCUCCGAUGGUAACUCCGAUCACAAUUCUUCGGGAGAUGAGGACUCUCAAAUGAGACUUCGGUUAAAGCGGAAACUCCAGCGUAAUCGGACGUCUUUCACCAAUGAACAAAUUGACAGUCUAGAGAAAGAAUUUGAGCGGACCCACUAUCCGGACGUCUUUGCACGGGAGCGACUUGCUGAAAAAAUUGGUUUGCCAGAGGCACGUAUUCAGGUGUGGUUCUCCAAUCGACGUGCAAAAUGGCGCCGGGAGGAAAAACUGCGUACCCAACGUCGUUCUGUUGACAAUGUAGGUAGCAGCGGGCGGACCAGCACAAAUAAUAAUCCCAAUCCAUCGGUCACGUCAGUAUCUACCACGGCCGCACCGACGGGCAAUGGAACUCCCGGCCUUAUCAGCUCGGCAGCUGUUAACGGUUCAGAGGAAUCUUCGUCGGCUAUUGUCGGGGGAAACAAUACGUUAGCCGACUCUCCGAAUGGUCCAACUAUUUUGGGUGGCGAAGCAAACACAGCGCAUGGGAACUCAGAGAGCCCGCCACUUCACGCUGUAGCCCCAAGACUACCUUUAAAUACUGGAUUUAACACCAUGUACUCGUCUAUCCCGCAACCUAUCGCAACCAUGGCAGAGAAUUACAACUCUAUGACCUCCACCUUAGGCUCAAUGACGCCAUCGUGUCUGCAACAACGUGACAGUUAUCCUUACAUGUUCCACGACCCGCUAUCUUUGGGAUCUCCAUAUGCGGCUCAUCACCGGAACACUCCUUGCAAUCCUUCAGCAGCUCACCAGCAGCCCCCACAGCAUGGUGGUGUCUACGGGAAUAGUGCGGCAAUGACCUCAUCGAAUACAGGAACAGGAGUAAUAUCUGCCGGCGUGUCGGUGCCAGUGCAAAUAUCUACGCAAAAUGUAUCGGACUUAGCGGGCAGUAAUUACUGGCCGCGUCUUCAGUGAUCGUCAAUAUUCAACUUGCCCACAGAUCUGCUCUCAAAGGCGGCUGCUGCCGCAGCUGCUGUUGCUGCCGCCCACCACCAGGAGCAGCACCAGCACAGUGCUACCAGCAAAAAUGCCACAGAGCUCAACGAUAGCCCACCGAUGAUAUUACCCCAAAUGGCUUCAUGCUCAUCGAUAUAUUUCAACAUGGGCCCGUUGCCCCCCGGCACCGGAGAAGCAACGACAGGAGCUGCAAAUCCAGACCUCUCUCCUCCGAUCUCUCCAUCUCAGUCUGCACCCACGUCUAUGUUCAUUGGCCCCGGAUUGAGUUGUCAGCCGGAUAAUGAAUCACAAAAGUUUCACCAGAACUACUCACGUCCCCUAACCCUUUCCCAUCACCAAUAGCCAUAGCAUUGUGAAUCUGGAGCGCCCCAGGACGUCUUCUAAAAGAUUGGGAAUUCAGCAGGCCAAGCACCGCAUUAAUCAGAGUGCUAAACGUUAAACAUUCACUUCACUCCAUUAGAUAAAGCGACAUAUUCGAUGUUUACGCACAAAUCUAAAAUCAAAUUCUUUUGUUGCAAGUGCUUGCAAUCUAUGAUCGAGCGGGCAGUCAUUUUGAAAAUGGUAUGACAGAUGGUAUAAGAGACCCAGCUAGAAAAGCCAAAAUAAUAAACAGAAUUCUCUUGCCAAUUUUCAAGGAACACUCUAGGAGUUUCAUUUACGUAUUCCAUUGCAUAAAGCUACUUUUCGUAUAUGUAUUCAAACAUAUAAUAUUUAAUAAUAUUAAAACAUUCAUUGUCCGUCCGUCCUCAAUGUCGAAAUUCGGAACUUAAAUCGGUUUAUGUAUCCCUGUAUAAACAUACAUUAAUUGCUUAUCGAAACAGACUAUGAAAUAAGGGUGAUUCAUCACAACCGAAAUUCAUGUUUUGGAAAGAUUAUGAAAUUUUUAUUUUGGAAAACUUUAAAGACUUUAUGCGACUGAUUGACCAAAAUAGAAAAUUGCAAGGGUACACAUUCUUCGGCAUGGUCGAAGCUUGUCCGGACCUCUGGUUUUCAACUAGUCUCGCGGAUUCUCUUUCCGGCAGUGAACGUUUGUGAAUGCAAUUAAAAUGGAAAGCUCUCCCAAAUGCACGGAUGCACUUUAAGCUUAGGUUACUUAGGGUAUUUUACAACACAGACACACAUACAUAUGUAUAAUCGAAAAUUGCAACGAAACUCGAAAAUUCCAAUAAUAUGUACUAUUACGUCGACAGUUCAUCCAAACACACCUCCUUAGAGUAAGUCUUCAGUUUUACGAAUUAAAUUUAAAAACGGAUAUUUAUGUAUUUAUGUAUGUAUUUAACUUAUGGUUCGAAUUUAUAUAUAGGGAAACUUAAUGUAACAUACCGGAAUGCAUAUACAUGCAAAAAGGUAUUGUAUGUAUGUAUGUAUGUCUAAUGUUCUUAACACAGAUUUAAUAAAAUCGUACAUAUUAUGUA